ACACCCAAUUGUAACUGACAAAAUGAAUGAAUUAUCAACGGUAUUAUGAGCACAACAGGUCGCUGUUCAAAGGGUAAAUUUCAAGUUUUCUUCUUUGGUUGAUCCAUUUUCCCAAAAUCCCCAUCUUCAUUUUGCUUUCAGGUAGCUAAACUACGAAUUGAGGCAUGGAAACGAACGACUUCGAUGUCGAUGGAAAGCAUAUGCAUAUGGAAAACUCGGAGUUGAAUUCAGUUCAUUUUCACGGAGAGGGCAUCCAAGAACCGUUGAGUGCCGAUUUAGACAGAAUCGACUUUGAACUGGCAUAUUCGGAUGAGAAAUUGGUAAAUCUUCAUGUACUUUUGAUGCUUCUUUUGGGUUGGGACAACGGUUCGGAAGCGAAGGUGUUAGAGAAUGGUGAUAUUUCAGCUCAGUUCAUCGAGAAGGCAUUGGCAUUUGACCUUUUAUGUGGGAUUUUAGAUUUGGAGUUAAGGGAAGUCGAAACUUUCUUGAGUACCAUUCAGUCGGAGAUUGUUGAUGCUCGUCGUAAAACAUCCUCAUGCCUACCUUUGGGAGAAAAAUUUGAUGAAAUGGAUAAGAAGCUGCAUGAUUCUGAAGAAACCAUGAAAAAGUGCCAAGGGAUCGUCUUGGAGGUGAAGUUGCUGUCGACGAAGCUGCAAGCUUCAUUUCCGUAUUUCAGAAACGAGAACUGGAGUAAUGAUGAGGCAGUGGAUAUAUCCGAACAAUAUCAGCUAUCAAACCUCAUCAGGAAAUCCAAAGUGCAGACUGUUGAACAACAACGACACAUUCUAAGGAUGCUUGACAAAUCACUUGCAAGGGAGCUAGAUCUUGAAAAGAAACUAUCGGAGUCCGGGCAAAACGAAGAACAAUUAAAAUUAAAGCUACAUUAUACCGAACAAGUCGCUCUUCGUAUGGAAGAGGCUGCAGAAGUUGUCUGGGGACGGUUUCUAGAGGCAGAAAACACUGCUGAGGUGCUCAUGGGAAUUUCAAAGGAACUGUUAGGUCGACUUCAGAUCGUUCAGUUUAACCUGAAUGGUUCGAUUCAAAGAGAAGGUGAGCUCAAAUCUAAACUUGAAGGUUGCAUCGACGAGUUGGAUGCCAAAGAUAUUGCUUUAAAAAAGCUGGAGAUCAGCAACGCAGAACAAGCUGCAAAAGCUUCAGAAGUAUUCACAUUGAGGAAGAACAUGAAAUUAAUCGAGGAACAGCUAAAAGAAUCCGAGCUCCAACUAAAGAAAGCAAAUGCUUCCAAUGAAACAAGUCAAGAGCAUCUUCACGAAAUGGAAAUCGUUAUCGAUUCACUAAAAGAAAGCCUCUAUGAAGCUGAAAAUCGAGCCGAAAGUGCUGAAGCCAAGGCAUCGGAGUUGACAGAUACGAACCUGGAACUUACCGAAGAGUUGAAUUUUCUCAAAGAUAAUAAUGAGAAAAGCACGAAGAAGGUGACCUCACUAGAAACGCAGUUGAGGGAAUCGGAGAUUCAACUACAGCAUGCAAAAGCAUCAUCCGAAGCAAGUCAAGAACAGCAAAACAUGCUUUACUCUGCAAUUUGGGAUAUGGAAACUUUAAUCGAAGAUCUAAAAUCGAAGGUUUCGAAAGCUGAAAGUAGAACCGAGAGCGUGGAUGAGCAAUGCAUUAUAUUAUCCGAAUCAAACUUCGAACUCAAUAACGAGCUAGGCAUCCUGAGACAUAAAAUUGAAUGCUUGGAGACAUCUUUGAACCAAGCUAACAUCGAAAAAGAUGCAAGUGCAAAAGAAAUCAGUCAUAGGACCAAGCUAAUCACAGAUAUGGUUGCCCAACUAGCAUCAGAAAGGGAACGCAUUGAAAACCAGCUAUCUUCAUUAGUAAAAGAGAAGGAAACAUUGAUGAAAAAGUUACAAAAUAAGGAAAAAGCUGAAUCUACAGCAGCUCCCUCAGCCAAAGGUGUACAGGCAGGUGGAUGAGCCAUCAAAAGAUGAAUCUCAUCAUAGGACUGCAGCUAAGCCUUCCGACACAGUAACCGGCGGUGGUACUAGCGUCAUUCCGAGCAUGCUGAUUUUGGAAAAAUAGAAGACAUGCCACCUUAAACUGUCAUACAUGUUGGUAGCAGUUCUCAUUGCACUAAUUUCUGCAUUGGCUGUGUAUUUUUAUGAGUGAGAAACAGGCCAUCGUCGGUUAUUUUCGGUACUGGUUGAUAUCAAUGUGAAUUAUUCUUUUAUUUUA